AUGGCCUUCACAGGCCGCACCCCGGAAUCCCUAAUCCCGCGCUCCGACUCGCGAAAUCCAGCGACAACAUGUAAAGGCAUCACCAAAUCCGGGCGUCCAUGCCGGCGUCCCAUCGAUUCCAAAGCCUCAGAGGACAACGGCGUGCUCGCCGUAACAUCAGUCAUCAGCGAUGAUUCCGAGGAGGAAGACGUCGGCGCCGCGGCGUAUUUUUGCUGGCAGCAUAAAGACCAGGCGGAGAGCCUGGCGGCGCAGGGACCCGCAACAACGCUUUACCCACUGAAAGAGCGCAAUAGCAUCGACACGCUGGUUGAACGACUUGGUGUGCUGGAAGUCAAUGACACUCCGCAGGAACAGGGAUCGCGGAGAAAGAGACGGACGUCUGGAUCUAGGCCGCCGCGCAGGAUUAAUCGCCCGCCGACGUGGGAGAAUGUCGAAGGCCCAUUGAUGUCGAUUCCAGGCGACGUCAUGGCUGCUGAGAAGCGGCGGACGCGGCCUCCCAAGCCCGCGCCAAUGAGGCAGAAGAAAAGCUUCUGGGCGGGGUUGUGUUGUGGGAGUGCGGAUGAGGAGGAGAUUGAGGUGACCACUCGCCCGCUCAACAACCGCGUCGUCUCAGCAACCUCCCGCCUCCUGCAAUUCAUCCCCCCCUCGCUCUCCCCGCAACUAACCUCCACCCUCCUCGCCGAAGCCUCGAAGCCCAUCUCGCCCCACGACGAGGAUGGGUACAUCUACAUCUUCUGGCUGACCCCGGAAGCCCUCGCCGCACCAUCGAAUGCCGCGUCGACGCUGCUGACUGCGCCCGCGAGACCGGAUCACGGGCGCAGGACGAGCGAUUUGAUGAGGCAGUAUAGCGUCAAACCGACGCGCGGUGGGGGUGGUGGUGGUGGUGGAGAGGGUGCUGCGAAGAAAGAUACGAUAUUUCUGAAAAUCGGACGCGCGAAUAAUGUGCACCGCCGCAUGAAUGAGUGGACGAGGCAGUGUGGGUAUAAUCUCAGUCUCGUGCGGUAUUACCCGUAUGUGCCGUCGAGUGGGACGCCGUCGCCGACGCCAUCACCGGGGAGGCGUGUGUCGGGCGGUGUGCGAAAGGUGCCGCAUGCGCAUCGCGUGGAGCGGUUGGUGCAUUUGGAGCUGGCGGAGCAGCGGGUGGUUAAGAGUUGUGAGGCGUGUGGGAAGACGCACAAGGAGUGGUUUGAGGUGGAGGCGUCGAAGGAAGGAAUUAAGAAGGUGGACGAGGUGGUGAAGCGGUGGGUUGAUUGGGCGGAGAAGGCGAAUGAGUAG